AGCAUGGCCACCGUCAGCAGGGAGAGUGGGGGUGCUGAGGACUUUUGCAGCCCUCCCCUACCCCGACCAAAUGCCCCUCUCUCUCACAAUUCAAGAACAUAUGAUUAAGAAACUUCUGUCAAUUGAGGAAGAAGACAUGAUUGAUGACGAUUUGUUUACGUACACAGAGACAGUGUUUGCCUCAGUGUGCGCUUGGAACAGCUCCCUCACGCUUGCUGGCUUGCACAAACACACACACACACGGGCUGGACUACCGUUUGGCUGAGGACUGUGUGGCUCAGAUUGGCCGGAUUGCAAGGGAGACCAUCCAGGAAGUGGCGAGUGCGUGCGUUUGUGUGCGUUUCACUGCAUUUUACUGAAGGUUUCCCAGGACAAAACAGGACAAACCGACCUGCUGGCAUUUCACACGCAGAAUCUCACAAGCGUCCACUGAUCCAUUACCGAGCUAAUCCAAACGUAUCCAAACGUCCACAGGUUCGUACUGGCAUUCAAAACGUGGCCAAGAGUCUUCCUUCGCAUCCCCCCAGCCAGGACGCCUUACGCUGUUAUGUCCUUCCCCUGUACAAGGACUUCACUGACCCUAAACAAACGGCCAAACUCCAAACGCCGUAUGCUGAGGGAGUGUUGAAGCUUGGCAAGGAGAUGGCGGAGGUGUUCAAGACCGGCGUGCCCUUGUGUCUUCCCUGCGGCUGUUGUCCCUGGUCCACGGUCUGAACUUCCAAGCCGGCUGCCGAGUGGGGCGGUUGAACUACGACGACUUUUACAUCCCAGAAAUUGCAGAGAAAAUUGAUAUUAGGAAUGAUUACUUGAACUGGAUGAACAGCAGGCUUCACCCGAUGUCCAGGAGGGAGAGUCCAAUCCUGUUCUGUGAGUAUCCAUUCUUGUUCGAUCCUCAGGCCAAGACGCUGCUGCUCAGGUGUGACGCCACUCGGCAGGGCGAAUGUUUCCCAGACCACCCGGUCAUACGCACGUUCUGGGAAGUAUUUCACAAACUCUCCCUGGAGCAGAAGAAGUGGUUUUUGAAGUUCCUGACGGGCACUGACAGGGUUCCUAUUCUGGGCCUGAAGGCACUCAAGUUGAUGAUCCAAAGCACAGCAGACGACAGCUUCCUUCCUUUCGCACACACCUGCAUCACCCAACUCAACCUGCCAAAAUACAACACCAAAGAGAAGCUGAAAUACAAACUUCUACAGGCCGUACAGCAGAGUGAAGGGUUCGGCCUGGUGUGAGGGUGUCAGGGGGUGUUGACGGGGUGUGAGGGGGUGUUGAAGGGUGUGAGGGGGUCAGGGGGAGGCUGUGUGAGUUGGAUAAGAGUGACCUUGUGUGUGGGAGGAAGUGCCUGUUAAGAAAAUAGAAUAUAUAGAAAUUAAUAGAAAAU